UAUUUUUCAAAAUAUACAUCCGCGCGCCUGCGCGGGUCAAAAUCUAGUAUUUUUUAAAACAGGGUCGACUCGAUAUUUUAAUUUUAAUCAAGGGUUAGUUUUGCAAUUACAAAGAAAAUAAAAAGUUACUUAACAUGAAAAGUAUUGAAAACCUAACUUGUGUAUGUGUUCUUAACUUCAAAGAUGGUUGCUCGGCAAACAAAGUCUCUGUCUCGAGGAGACCGCUUUGGUCUUCUUAAGCAUGCAAUAAGUUAUUUAUAUGAAAAAUCGCUAAAAGUUUUCACUCUCACGAUCAACAAAUUGAUAUCUACUUUCGCUCGGAAUCCGACCACCUCCUCCACCGCUCCGCAGCUGACAUCUCCGUCGUUUUCUUCGCUUCCCGAUGAGAUCGUUGUAACCUGCUUAGCACACAUAUCAAAGUCGCACUACCCUAAACUCUCGCUAGUAUCCAAGAGAUUCAACUCUCUCAUCUUUUCCAAUGAGCUACACCUUGCGCGAUCUCGCUCCAAAACACGUGAGAACGUCCUUCACGUCUUCUUACAGCUACCCGGCCACCGUCUUCCUUCGUGGUACAGCAUGUGGAUAAAGCCUGGUCAAACUCUAACCAAUGAGUUGAAGGAGGAGAAUAGUAACUCUACAGGAAACGCUAUGUUGGUACCAAUACCUUCUUCAUAUUCUCCUAGUGCACCAACAUUGUAUCUCGGUACGUUUAGUUCAAAACAGUAUAAACUCAGACACUGCAAGAACUCUCCCGUUUCAUCCCUACUCUGGGUCCGUAAUAAGGGUGUUCUCACUCCAUGGGGUAAAAGUAAAUAUUCCCCAUGGCUUAAAGCCCCUAGAAUGAAAGUGGCUAGAGAGAAUGCCAUUGCGAGGGCCCUUGAUGGGAAAAUAUAUGUAAUGGGUGGUUGCAAUGCAGAUGAAUCCGCGAGUUGGGCUGAAGUUUUUGAUACAAAUACUCAAACUUGGGAAUCUUUGCCUGACCCUGGCCCUGAGCUCCGCUUCUCAUUGAUUAAGUCAAUGAACGUGACCAAGAGAAGGGUCUACGUUGAGAGCAGCGGGAAGUAUGAUCAUUAUUAUAAUCCAAAAGAAGGUAGAUGGGGAGUUUCAUCAAAAGUACGCAAGUUUGGGAGAAAGUGUGAGAUAGGCCAUGUUUGGUACUUUUGUCGUAAAAGAGGUUUCUUUUGGUACGACACAAAGCUUAAAAGUUGGAGAAUGGUCAAAGGUUUGGAGGUAUUGAACAAGUAUUGUAGUGUUGGUGUUAUUGCAAUAGCUAACUAUGGUGGGAAACUCUUAAUCUUGUGGGACAAGUUUGAUCAGUGUCAAAACAAGGAGAUUUGGUGUUCGGUUAUUGCGCUUGAAAGACGUAGUGGUGAUCAUGAAGUUUGGGGAACAGUUGAGUGGGCUAGUGUUGUGCUUACGGUUCCUAGUUCAUACGUUUUCUUGCGUUGUCAAGUGAAAUCGGUUUGAAGUUUUGCUUUUGUUUUCACCACUAUCAGUUGCUUUCUUUUUUUAAAUCAACUUCAUUAUAUGUUGUUGCUUUUUAGAUUUAAUUCUUUAAUCAAGCAGCAGUUUAAAAUAAACUGGUCAUAGUUAAGUUCUUGGCAUACAUCAAUGGGCCGGGUAAGAUAAGGUUCUGCCAUGGAAGGAACCUGAGAUUAUGUAAAUCAGUCAUAUACAUACACCAUUAGGAUAUAAGCACAUUCAAGUUAAACUAAUUUUAAAAUAGUGACAUAUCAAAAGGUAAGUUUUAGCAUCCAUUUUUAUUUGUAAAAUUAGUAAACAAAACUUUCAAAACUGCCAAAACAGAAUGGAUAUAUUAUAUAUAUAUGACCACAGAAAAAGACCAUCUGGUGCUGUAUAAAUGGUUAAGCUGGCAUGUCCCAACUCCCAAUCGUCAAUCCAUUCCAGUGAAUCUAUUGGUUGAGUAGUAAAAAGAUGAGCUUGGAGACAACGGCGGUUGGUAAUUACAAACAGUCGCCUAGUUAGAUAAGAAAAAAAGAAAGAAACAGAUGCGAAGCUUGUGUGGGAAGUAAGCAGCUUUAGGUCAAAGAUAAUCGGAGUUUAUUUACUUAUUUGCUCAAAAAAUAGAGAAAAAGUACUUGUAACAGUAGAUAGAAGCCGUUAAAUAUAUAUAUAUUAAUACUGUAAUACUGUAUAAUCAAGAAAAAACCGUAAUUUAAGAAUAGGGUAAUUGAAGUCUAUAAUCAAGAAAAAACCGUAAUUUAAAAAUAGGUUACUUUAAGAAUAGGGAAAUUGAAGCCUAUAAUAAAAAAAACCGUAAUUUACCCACUAGCUAUUUCCCCUAGCAAUCCUAUACACGCCGUUAAAUAUAUAUAUAUUAAUGCUGUAAUACCUCUUCGUAUAACCGGCACAACCUAGCCCGUUUGACGUCAAAAAAAAAACGGCACAACCUGCAAAAAAUUAAAUUAAAAUUAUUAAUUAUUAACUGCAGAAAAGUAAAACUUGUCUCCUCCUACUUCACAUCUCCUCUUUUAUACUUCAUUUGGUAACUUUCUCGAAGUCGAAAGGUCUCCGGCGCCGAUUUCCUCCAACGCCUUGCAUCCGCAUGCAAUCAAAAGCUUUUACAUCUCCUUCGUAUUCCCUUGUCAAUCAUCUUCCUCGUUAAUAUAUUUGACAUAACUGAUUAGUAAGCUAAACUAAUUUAAUUUUAUUUAGUUGUAUACAUCUUAAAUAGGUUCAAAAACUAAAACAUCAGAUGGUAUUUUGUUGGUUAAGUAUAAAUACGAUUUUAAAUUAAGUGAAUAGAUGUACAUACACAUACAUGUAUACAAGUAGACAGAGUUAAGAAUAAAGAAAAGGAAAAUAUUAGAUAUCAAUAUAAAUUAACAGUAUGUUGUUAAUAUACACAUUAGAUAUCAAUAGACAUAACUUAGUUUCUAAAAUCCGGUAGAUCCGAACCGAAUCCGUAAAGAUUCAAACCAAAUUCGAACUAAAAUUUCUAAAUAUCCGAAUGGAACUAAAAUUUUUAGUUUCGAAAAUCCAAAACCCGGAUAGAUACAAACUAAACCUACAAGAAGCACCUGAACGCCAACCUGAUCAACACCUAGUUAGAUACCUAGAAGAAGCACCCAAAACAAAAUCCCCAUCAAGUUAGCUCCAACCUCCGCCUCCCUAUCUAUUAGUCCCGAUGUCAAAUGAAGAGACAACCCUUGCGUCACUUCCAGAUGAGAUGGUUAUAGACUGUCUAGCCCUAAGACCAUGAUUAACUCCAGUUUCUUAAUUGGAGUUUUUAGUUUCGGCUAAGAGACGGUUUUUAGCUUUUCUUAGAUUUUAACUAAGAAGAACUAAGAACUAUGUCUUAAAUAAUAGAUAUAAGAGCUGUUUCUUAGCCGAAAAAUAUAAAAAAAAAUGUCAAAUCAUGAGUUAAGAAUCCCGGCUAAGAGAUCGGGAUUAAUCAUGCUCUAAUAUCGAGAUCGUACUACCCAAAACAACUAAGAAAAGUCUUUAAUUACAUACAUUUUAAAUAGGUUCAAAAACUUAAAUAUCACACAAUAUCUAGUUGAGUUGGUUGGGUAUAUAAAUAUAAUUCUAAAU